AGUAACAACCUCUUUCCAUUCCAACGAAAACUGUGGAAAAAGAAAAGAAAAGAGACAAAAAAAAACCUAGCUAGGGUUUGAGUUUUGAUACCUUUCUCAACCAAAGGAAGCAACGAAGCUGAAAAAGAGAAAGUUCCAAAACGGUAUUUUGAGAUUUCUUGGAGGGUUCCAUUGAUUUCAUCUUCAUUUGAAACGGAAAAAAGAUAAAAAAGAGAAAGCGUUGGAAAAUCCCAUCUUUAUUCCAGUGGUUGCAAGACGUGAUGGAUUUGUUGCUUUUGAUUCCAGUGCUGGAUUUUUGAAAUUCGUUGCGGUAAUGGAAGAUUUGAGUGAUUUUGGUGAUGGGGUUUUCUUGAAUUUUCGUUUGGGUUGGGAAAUGGCAGUUGGAAAAUCUCGUAUUUGUUCUAUGUUCGAAGACCUGCGCGUUUGGGGCUUUUGAAUCUGGUGUAGUUUUUCUGAAAUUCGUUGUCGGAGUGGAAUGUUUGAUUGAUUUUGGUGAUGGGUUUUUCGUGAAUUUUGAUUUGUGCUGGGAGAAGGCUGUCAGAAAAUAUCAUCUUUCUGCCAAUCCGGUGUAGCUGAUGAAUUUGGGGCUUUUGAAUCUAGAGUAGGUGUUUUUGCAAUUCGUUGCGAGGAUGGAUGAUUUGAGCUAUUUUGGGGGUGGUUUUUCAUGAAUUUUUUAUUUGGUUAGGUGGUAUAAAUUGAAAAAGUCCUAGAAGCCCUUGGAAUUUAGGGAUUUCAAAGCUCUUGUAGGCCUUUGGAGGAGUUGUGGUUGUAAGUGGACGAUUUAAGGAUGAAUGUUUCUGAAUUUUGAUUAGGAUGGAAGGCUUUAAAAACCCAAUUUCUUCAACAGAAGAAACCCUUGCAAUUUAGGGCUUUCAACCCUUUUGUGGGCUUGGGAGAAAUUGAUGUUGGAAGUGGAGAGUUUGAAUGGAAUUUUUGUGGGUGUAGAUUUUGCUUUGGUAGAAUUGAUUGAAAGAUCUCCCCAUUUUUAUUUGGCCAUUCUCUUGUAGAAUUUUGGAGAAAUUUGGGAUGAAGAUGGCAGAAGUGAAUGAUUUCGAUGAUGGGUUUUUCAUAGACUUCGACGAGGAGGAAGAAGAAUUCCGGAGCUGCUUUGCAGAGGAAGAUGAAUGGCGGGACCUAGAGGAGUCUGUAGAAGAUGGUUCGAAGGAUGAGGUAGAUGAAUUCACAUUGAAGAUGUUCUUUAAAGGUGUGUCUAUAGCUCAGGAUGGAGAUCCAGGUCAACGGGCUUCUGGAAUUGGGGUUGUUAUGGAGAGAUUGCGCCAGGGGGCUGUUCAUUAUGUGCAGAAAAAGCUUGAUUUCUAUGUCGAGGAGUCGGUUGCUGAGCAUCUGGCGUUGAUGGAUGGUUUGUUAGAGGCUUUGCGGAGCGACGUGACUCGUGUCUUUGCAUUUACAGAUUCUGAAACUGUAUACAGUCAGAUUGCCCGAGGUGAAAGACUCGAAAACCAGCUUCUAACAGCACUUGCACAAAGGAUUCUCGAACAUGCGAGUAAACUGGAAAUUUUCGUCUUGAAACUGGUUCCCAGUGGCGAACUCUUGAAGCCAUUGAGAUUAGCACAAGAUGCGAUCGGUGCGGGGGAUGGCUCUUUUGGUGACUGCCCGAUCUGUCGUGAAGAGAAGGCACCAUCGCAGCUGAUAAGAUUGAACUGUUCUCACAAAUUUUGCUGGCAUUGUAUGAUAAAGUACAUGGACGCAAAGUUACACAGCUCCCAAGUUCCAAUACGAUGCCCGCAAUUGAGAUGCAGACAUUGCAUCUCAGCCAUUGAGUGCAAGUCAUUUCUUCCGGCCGCUUGCUAUGAAUCAUUUCAAAGGGCUCUUUCAGAAGCUGAUAUUCUCGACUCCGAGAAAAUCUACUGCCCAUACCCAAACUGUUCGGUGCUGCUUAAUCCCCGCGAUUGUUUAUCAACGCAGGCAAGCUCAUCCAGCCAGUCCGAAACCAGCUGUGUCGACUGCCCUGAGUGCCGGAGGUUUAUCUGCAUCAGUUGUGGGGUGCCAUGGCAUUCAUCGAUGAGCUGCGAGGAGUAUCAGGAACUGCCAGUGGAGGAGAGAGAUGCCGGGGACAUCACUCUGCAUCGCCUGGCGCAAAAUCAGCGGUGGAGGCGGUGCCAGCAAUGCAGGCGGAUGAUUGAGCUCACACAUGGAUGCUAUCACAUGACCUGCUGGUGCGGCCACGAAUUCUGCUAUUCUUGUGGGGCCGAAUAUCAUGACGGGCAGCAGACCUGUCAAUGUGCAUUCUGGGACGAAGACUUUGAGGGCUCGACCACCCCAUCUCUGCACGAAGAAUCGGAGCCAUGGAGAUGGGACUCAUUCGAUUCUGUGCCCAUGGCUAUGGAUGCGUACACGGAUCAGGAGAGAUCGCAGCUGGCGCUGAUCCAGAGGUUCCUCGCCGGUGGAUUCAGCCUCAGUGAUCUCCAUGUGGAUCAGUCCCCGCCCCGCUGCUCAGACUCAUAUGUUGACACCAUAAAGGACCUCCACCAGCUCCCGUGGCUCGAGAGGUUCGUCUCUGUGAUUAGCGACAAUUACUAUGAAGAUUACGUCCAGUAAAUUAAGCGAAGCUCACAACCACACAUCUUGAUUCUCGUAAUAAGUCGCAUGCAAUAGGUAUAUCCUGUCCAUUGUUUCUGUUUACAUUGGCUGCUACUUCAUGAAGGUGACAACACUUCUUA